UAUUACAAUGAGCUCCAGUACUGCAGUCUCAUACUGACCGCAAAACAGUAAUGAUAACGUCUUUUAAGUUUGUUACUUUGUCCUGUUCAUACUGUCCAUUCGAAAUCAACUCCAUAUGGCAACUGAAAAGGACAGGUCACCUGACGAGCUGAAACUGAAGACUGAAGUAGGGCUGCUGAGUGGAGUGUCUCUCAUUGCAGGGGUCAUGGUUGGUUCUGGAAUCUUCAUGUCUCCUCAGUAUGUGCUGCUUUAUAUUGGGAGUCCAGGUGCUAGUCUGUUAAUAUGGGCUGCUAGUGGAUUGCUGGCCAUGCUAGCUUCUUUGAGCUACGCUGAAUUAGGAACUGUUAUUCGUGAGUCUGGAGGAGAGUAUAUUUACAUCUUGCGCACUUCAGGCAAUAUCAUGGCCUUUAUAUGUGCUUUCACCAAUAACAUUGUGAUGAGACCAACUAGCAUGAUUGCAGUGGCACUCACCUUUGCCCAAAAUACCCUUGCGCCUUUCUAUGAUGAUUGCCUACCACCAAAUGGAGCAGUGAAAUGUUUGGCAGCCCUAGCAAUUAUGGUAUUGACAGUUUUGAACUGCUUGAAUGUGCGCUCCUCCAUCAGAGUCACGGUGUUAUUCAUGGCUAUGAAGGUGCUGGCACUUAUAAUAAUUGUGAUUGGGGGAGUUGUCCUACUUAUUCAAGGGGACACCGCCAACAGCCUCCAAAAUUCUUUCGAUGGGACAAAGCUGAGCAUCAGACCCAUGGGAAUAGCAUUUUACCAGUGUUUGUGGUCCUAUGAUGGCUGGAACACUUUAAACCAUGUUACUGAAGAGAUCAAUCAUCCUGAGGUGAACCUGCCAAGGGCACUGAUGAUUGCUGUUCCCAUGGUAACCAUACUAUAUCUACUAGUUAAUGUCAGUUAUCUGGUUGUUAUGACAACCACGGAGAUGAUAUCAUCCAGCGCAGUAGCUGUCACAUGGGGGAAUAAAGUAUUAGGAGGGUGGGGCUGGGUGAUGUCCGUUGCUGCAGCAAUCUCAGCCUUUGGUUCUCUGAAUGGAUCUUUUUUCAGUGGAGGGCGCGUGUGUUACGUAGCAGCAAGAGAGGGACACAUGCCUGACAUCCUGGCCAUGGCUCACAUGCACAGGCGUACUCCCUCUCCAGCUCUCAUUUUCAACACAAUCAUUUCUCUUAUUGUUCUCAUUCCGGGAGACUUCCAGGCCAUAGUCAACUUCUUCAGGUAUAGUGCAAGAUUUUGCAUAACACCAUAUUACUCAUACAACCAAAUGAUUCAACCUAGAAAUAGCAGUUGGUAUGAAUGA